AUGUCUCAGGUCCACAAGAGAUGUCUUGAACGUCGUAACAUGAUUACAUGUCUAGAGUGUUGUCUUAUUGGCUUACUUUCUCACAAAUGUUCUCUACACAUAUCAAAACCAAAAAAGAAAACGUUCUUCACUCUUCAAUUUAUGAAAGUCACUAAAAUUGUUUUUAAUGAUGUAGAAGAGUGGUGCUUUAAUGUAGAAGCGGUAGUAGAUCAACGUCGCAAAGAAAUGGAGAAUACGUAUCUUAAAAAGGGUGUACCUCAAAGCACAGCAUUCAGAAAAUCAAUGGACAAAAAGAAGAGAGAGUUGAUGCACCUUUUGGAGGACUUUUUAUAUGAAGAGGGGUUUGAUAUCCGUUACAGUUGUGAAAACCGAGAAGGUAUUUUUGGGUUUGUAAGUAUUUCUAAAAAUGGAUAUGUGAUGGACAAAGAGGAUAUAUGUAAAAUGGGAGAAACAAUUUGGAAUUGUAUUAAAGGUAAAAUGAAAAACAAAGGUGUUGUCAUUAAAGUUGGUGAAUUAGAUGAGAUUAUGGAUAUUAAAAUGCGUUGUAUGCUUGAAUUGUAA